AUGGCCAGUUUAAGUUCUCAAGAGCAAUACGAUCUUAUUACAAAGGGACUUCAAGAAGUUCUUAACGGACAGAUCAUCAAGGAUGUCUUGGAGAAGGAGCAAAGACCAGUAAAGAUUUACUGGGGUACAGCACCUACAGGAAAACCACACUGUGGAUACUUUGUGCCCAUGGUUAAGUUGGCCCACUUUUUGAAAGCCGGAUGUGAGGUCACUGUUUUGUUGGCCGACUUGCACGCAUUCUUGGAUAACAUGAAAGCGUCGUUGGAGGUUGUGCAAUACAGAGCCAAGUACUACGAGUACGUCGUGAAGGCCAUCUUGAGAUCAAUCAACGUUCCAAUCGAAAAACUUAAAUUUGUUAUUGGUUCGUCUUACCAACAAGAUGGUCCUUACAUUAUGGAUCUUUUCAAAAUGUCAAAUGUUGUGUCACAAAAUGAUGCCAAGAGGGCUGGUGCCGAUGUCGUUAAACAAGUGGCCAAUCCAUUGUUAUCUGGUUUGAUCUACCCCUUGAUGCAAGCUAUCGAUGAGGAACAUCUCAAGGUUGAUGCUCAAUUUGGUGGUGUUGACCAGAGAAAGAUUUUUGUUUUGGCCGAAGAGAAUUUGCCAAGUCUAGGAUACAAGAAGCGUGCACACUUGAUGAAUCCUAUGGUGCCUGGUUUGGGCCAAGGAGGUAAAAUGAGUGCAUCUGAUCCGAAUUCCAAGAUCGACAUCAUUGAAGAACCAAAAGUUGUGAAGAAGAAGGUCAAUAGCGCAUAUUGUGCUCCUGGAGAUGUUAAGGAUAAUGGUUUAAUUGCAUUCUUAGAAUAUGUCGUGCAACCAAUUCACGAGUUAAAGACCGGUGUUAAUGGUGCUUUUGAGCUCACCAUCGAUAGACCAGAAAAAUAUGGAGGACUAAUAUCUUACGAUUCCUUGGACAAAUUGAAGAAGGAUUACGAAGAGGGCAGUUUGGCUGCUCCAGACUUGAAGAGCGGUGUUGCUGAUAAGAUCAAUGAGUUGUUGGCUCCUAUUAGAGCCGAGUUUGAACAAAGUGAAGAGUUCCAAGCAGCACAAAAGAACGGAUACCCAGUUGAAGUACCAAAAGAGCAAAAGAAGGUUAAGAAACCAAAGAAUAAGGGAACUCGCCACCCAGGUGCUGCAAAGACUGGUGCUGCAAGCACUGAAACUACUCAAAGUGUUGAGAAGGAUGCUGAAAGUACUGAAAUUACUGAAAGUGCUGCAACUGCUACAGAGAAGAAAGAGGGCGAAGUGGAGGCCGUUUCGGCAGCAGUUGAAGAAGUCAAGCUCAACUAG